CUAGAAAAGCCUGCGAUCAUCCGUAUAAAAAACGGAGUUCUAGGUUAUCGUACCCAUUCUUCCUUCCCCCAAACCUAAAUUACUGAAACAUGUCUGACGAAGAGCACCACUUCGAGCCCAGCGACGCCGGAGCUUCCAAAACCUACCCUCAGCAGGCUGGUAACAUCCGUAAGGGUGGCCACAUCGUCAUCAAGGGCCGUCCCUGCAAGGUUGUUGAGGUUUCGACUUCGAAGACUGGGAAGCACGGUCACGCAAAGUGUCACUUUGUUGCUAUUGACAUCUUCACUGCUAAGAAGCUUGAGGAUAUUGUUCCCUCUUCCCACAAUUGUGAUGUUCCCCAUGUGAACCGUAUUGAUUACCAGUUGAUUGAUAUCUCUGAGGAUGGCUUUGUUAGCCUUUUGACCGACAGUGGUGGCACUAAGGAUGACCUCAAGCUUCCCACCGAUGAUAGUCUCAGCGCUCUUAUGAAGAGUGGAUUCGAGGAGGGAAAGGAUGUUGUGGUGUCUGUCAUGUCUUCAAUGGGAGAGGAGCAGAUCUGUGCCGUCAAGGAAGUUGGUGGUGGCAAGUAAAAUCCAUUCUCUUUACACUGAGGGAGGAUAAUCUUAUUACCAGUGGUCAAUGUUAUAAGAACAAGAACUUGUUUUUUUUUCUUUUUCUAAUUUAGAUCAUUUGUGUUGUGUUUCUUUGUUGCAAGACAACCAUUAUCUAUUAUUGGUUUUGGAUUGUUUAAAAGUUUCGUGUUUUAAAACAGGGAAUGUUUUCCUAUGAGAUUCUUAAAUCCCUUUGCUUUUUAUGAUGAUGUGCUUGGUUAUGUUGGUCA